AUGUCAACGACAACGACAGAUAACACAGCUACGGCAACCCUUCGUCAAGACCAUCUCUACGAUUACACCAUUCGACUCACUGGGGGUGUCGAAGAUGCGUACUCAAGGCCCUCUAGAGAUGCGGCCCUUCCCAUAGUCGAGAACCCUCCCGACUGGUAUAACCAGCACCGCCAGGUGCCUCCGUAUCGGCCCGUAAACAGGGCGUUAGACAUUUCGGAUAGGCCAUGGGGCUCCAACCGAAUCGAGACGGGCUUCGUCUUUGUAAUGUUGAAUGGUUGUUGGCUUCAGGGGAUUUCCAACUGGCUCUGGAGAAGUACCGGGGGCAAAGUGAAUGACAGCUACUGGAGAUUCAAGGUUGGUGGAGAGAUCUAA